AUGGACAGCUCAAACGAUGCAGCAAUAGUGCAUUCUUUAUAUAGAUAUAGUCCCCCUAAAGAAUUUUCAAGCAUUUCUUGUAGAACACGUGGGGAUUUUAAAUGUGGAAAGUGGAGAAAUGCAGCUGGACGGUGUAGAAUGGUCAGCACGUGGAAUGGAAAGAUCAAAUCACUCACACAAGGAUUACAGGCUACAGCUGUCAGAUAUAGCCAAGCAACUCCAAAAGAUGAACUCACCAAUGGUAAACGUUUCACCUUCAACCAUGACACCAGGCCUAUCAUUGCCUGUCAGACAAUUAGACUAGAUUUAGUAGAUCUUUUAGAAUGA